GUGAAAAGUCAUAAAAACUCCAACAGAAACCAAAACUGAGACGAAAGCACUGGAUAAAUACUGCCGCGCAACAUGUCGCUGCACAGACAACACGCAACACAAGAUGACUGCUUGGAUCCAGACCCUCCUCAUGCUGGCCCUCCUGGCUCCGGUCUACGGGGGCCCCCACGGCCCCCAGGAGGGGGGGUACAGGAACUCCCUCCACCUCACAAGACUCGCCAGGACCAGAGUCAGCCAGCUGCUGAGGACCUUUAAGCAGCAGCAGCUGGGAGAUGCGCACUUUGAAGACAGGAGCCUCCAUCUGAACGACCUCCCCACCCUCUCAACCGACCUCCACCGAUGGCUGAGCCUCGAGGAGCGGGAGCGUCUCAGUGAGGCCUCCGACAGCCUCCAGAUCUACUGGGGCGUGCUGCAGGGAAUGAGGGAGCAGAUCCUGGCGGAGAACCAUCACCCAGGGACCCCCCAGGGGGGCAGGACCGCCCUGAGCCUCCCGAACAGCCUCCACCAUGUCCAGCUGGACCUCAGAGACCUGAUGAGACGACUCCAGACCCUGCUGGAGAGCGUGAGCCGCAGUGAGGAGGACCGGGCCCCCGCCGACUCCCACAGCGUCCCCCGGCCGUCCGUCCGUGGCCGUGGCGGCCAGACGGCGUGGUUGAGGCGCCUGGAGGUGUAUGUGGUCCUGAGGGACCUGGACCUCUACCUCACCAAGACGGCCCGCGACCUGCUGCUGCUGGAGGCCAGGCGCCAUGGCUCCCUGCUGGGCGUCCCCGCCCUGCACUAAGAACACCCCCCCCCCCCCCCCCAGCGGUCCACACCGCGGGGGUUCAGUGUGCAGGGGGUUCAGUGUGCAGUGGGUUCAGUGUGUUUGGUAGCUUUAGAUUGUUUAGUGUGUUUAGUAGUGUUAGGAGUUUAGUGUUAGGAGUUUAGUUUUAAGUGUUCAGUGUUUAGUAUGUUUAGUGUUCAGUCUUCAGUGUUUAGUAUGUUCAGUAUGUUCAGUGUUUAGUCUUCAGUAUGUUCAGUGUUUGGUAUUCAGUGUUUAGUAUGUUCAGUAUGUUCACUGUUUAGUGUUCAGUCUUCAGUGUUUAGUAUGUUCAGUAUGUUCAGUGUUUAGUCAGUGUUUCCCCUACCAUUGUUCAGGCCUGGCGGGCCUCGCGGCCCGCCAAAAAAA